CUUCGUGCUUCGUCCGUCGCGGUCCGCGGUACCUUGGCUACUUCGUUUAUCGCCUAUUUUUCUCGCUAAAUUUUGCGUUUGUGUAUUUAUUGUUGUGCACAUUUGUUUUCUGUUUUUUUUUUUGUCGGUUGGACUUUGUCGAAAGUUGUGUUCUCGCAUUUCGCGUGCGCGUGUGAUUGUGUUGUGUUGUUUGUGAUGUGAUGAAUGGCUUUGCCCCAGCGCCAGCCGCAGUGCCUGUUGAUCGUCGCACGACAAUGAGAUUUCAAAGUUGCUGUGGCGAAUUGAUGCGGAGUUUAAAUGAAAGUUUCGUCAGACGAAUGGCGGAGGCAGGUGGUUCGCCCUCCUCUCAACGGCAAUCACCAUCGGCGUUCGGUAGCGGCCCUUAUAGCCCGCCGGUGUGGCUGCCGCCUCCCGCUGCUGCCUCGGCUGCUGCAGAUGGCGUCAAGAUAAAUAGAGGAAGCGAGCCAAGAUCUCCCGCGCCGGUCAAGAGGUCACCAAUGACGCCACGGCGGAGCCUCUAAAAGCCUGUCCCUCGCCUCCCCCAAAACUCUCCCCAAAAAGAAACAAGCCCCCCAAAUACCGCAACCCCUCAAACACGUGGCCCCAAAACCAAAAACUUAUAAACCUAAAUUCCCCCAAAACUUUCGCCUCGACAACACGCUGCCGCCUCCUCAUCACAAAACAAUCUCUCAUACCAAUCGACCUUCCAAAUUUGUUUAAACGCGUCCGUAGUGCGAUGAGAAAGAGGGAAAAGCGAAAAAACCUGCCAACGCAAGUUAAAUAAUAAACUAAAACCAAACAUAUAUAUAUAAUAUAAAAAAGAGCACGCGUCUUGUGGAUACACAGCAUGGGAGGGUGAUGCGCUGGCCAGCCUCGCCCAGCCGACUUCGACUACGCCGACAGGCCUUCCCUUCGCAGCGAGCGGCUUUGCCUCUAGGCGAUGACCCGUCCACCACGCCCUGCUCUACGGAAUGUCGCAGAGGAUGCACGGAACCCAUCAUGUGACUUGGGUGGACCAGGCCUAAGAUGGGUUGGCUGCUGGCGGCGCUGCUGGUUGCUGUGAUGCUGUGCGUUGGCCGCGGCGCCGCCAACUCCGACGCCAAGAGGCUCUACGACGACCUGCUCAGCAACUACAACAGGCUCAUCCGACCGGUCGGCAACAACUCGGACCGGCUCACCGUGCGCAUGGGCUUGAGGCUGUCGCAGCUCAUAGAAGUGAAUCUGAAGAACCAGAUCAUGACGACCAACAUGUGGGUGGAGCAGGAGUGGAACGACUACAAGCUCAAGUGGAACCCGGACGACUACGGCGGCGUGGAGACCCUGCACGUCCCGUCUGAGCACAUCUGGCUGCCGGACAUCGUGCUGUACAACAA